UCAUGGCUGUCAGUAUAAAUGUGUCCAUUGCAAGAUGAACUUUCCCUCAGUAAAAAGUACAAAUAAAGUUGAAUUUUCUUUAAAUUCUGUGUUAAGAAGGGCGAAGCCCCGCGUAAAAAGGUACAAGAUGCUCCGCGAGGUCAACUAGAACCGAACCCCGUCGAGUUCCAGAUUAAACACCGCACCGAAUCCAGGAUAUAAGCUAUAAAAUGACUUCGAGCAGAUUAGACCGACUGUUUGUGCUCCUGGAAACUGGCAGCUCGUCGAUCACAAGAUCGGCGGCCGCCAAGCAACUGGGCGAAGUCCAGAGGUUGCACCCCCACGAGCUGAACACCCUCUUAUCUCGGACGGCGGCUUAUUUACGGUCCAACAGUUGGGAAACGAGGAUAGCGGCCAGCGAGGCCGUCCGCGCCAUAGUCAGUAACGUGCCGCAAUGGAACCCCCAGGGACUGUUGGAGGAGGUCAAAGGGGAAAAUGAUGUGGGAGUGUCCGCCUCUUGUGUCGGACGACUGAGGUUCGAUCAGUUCGAUAUGGAGAAGGUGUUGGCGAAGAGUUCGCAUCUGAUGGCGUCCGAGGGCAAGGAGUUCGAUUUGGAGGAGGACUCUGCAUUAGGUCUAGACCUAAAAGAACGACUGGCCAAACAGCGUCAGUCCCUAAACAGCAAAUUGGGCCUCGACGGUGCGGCCAAAAUCGGUUUCGACACCGCCAGUCUCUUCUCCAACGAGGACCUGAUCGCGCACAUGGACAAAACGGACCCCAGGAACGAUUGCAACCCGGAAAAGAUGCCGGUCGGGGACGUGAUUUGCGGCGGCGCGACGGAGGGCCUCAGUUGUCGCGAGAUGAACAGGGCGCGACGCAUGGCCCGGCAAGCGGCAAGCAAUAAGCAAAAAACGUCUCGAGAGUUGCCGGAGGAAACGGGAAACGGGGGGACCACCGACGAACCCGACCGCAAGAAAAUCAAGACGGAAUUUAAGGAGGAGAAUCUCGUUUUCGAUCCUGAACCGAACGACGGCGAUUGGCCCCUGGAGUGGUUCUGCGACCAGCUGGGCCAGGAUUUGUUCCACUCCAGCUGGGAAAGGCGACAUGGCGCGGCGACCGCUUUACGCGAAGUGAUGACUAUACACGGAAAAGGGGCCGGAAGGGCCACCUAUUUGCCCAGCAAACAGAUGGAUUUCUACCAUCAGAUCUGGCUAGAGGACAUGUCCAUAAGGCUCCUGUGCGUGUUGGCCCUGGACCGUUUCGGGGACUACGUGUCGGACACGGUGGUGGCGCCGGUGCGUGAAACGUGCGCCCAAACCCUCUGCGCGGUCCUGAAACUGAUGACGCCCCACGGCUGCGCCCGCGUGUUCGACGUGUUGGCGCAACUGCUGCGCCACCAGGAGUGGGAGGCGAGACACGGCGGCUUGUUGGGCCUCAAGUAUUUGCUGGCCGUGAGGGGCGAUCUCAUCGACGACCUGUUGCCGAAGGCUUUUCCCUACAUUUUGCAAGGCCUGUCGGAUAUGAACGAUGACGUCAGCGCGGUGGCCGCCUCCUCACUUAUCCCCGUAGCGCCGAAAUUGACCGCUUUAGUGCUCAACUCGCUGCCGCAGGUAGUAAAUAAACUGUGGGACUUACUGUCGGAACAGGACGAGCUGGCCGCGGCCUGUAACAGUUUCAUGGGCCUGCUGGCGGCCAUUUUGAAUUUGCCGGAGGCGCGAGCGCUGUUGCCGGCGCGGCCUCCGAACGACGCGGUGCCCCGCCUGUGGCCCUUUUUGUCCCACUCGACGUCGUCGGUGCGCAAAGCGACUCUGGCAACGUUGCGCACCUUAACCGCCGACGCCGGCGCGACGGCGACGUGGGAGGCUCAACUGUUGCAGGACGCCAUGCGUCACGUCUUUCAGCGGGUCCUCGUCGAACCCGUUGUGGAAGUGAGAGAAGUGGCGGAAAACGUCUGGAACAAUUUAGUGAAAAACUCCGGGCUAGUCGAGCUCCUGCACGCCGCCUGCCCCUUCAUAACCGUCUGGCUGUUUUUGACCAUGCAACCGACCAAAGUGCCGUUCGAUCCCAAUUAUUUCAUCCACGCGAAAACGCACCGGAAGAACGGCACCAUCUUAGGAAACUUCGACCAUGGACUCGGACAUCCCAAGUACUACAUUGGAGGUACGGAAACGACUCCUUUAGCCACUAGGGAAGCGAACGCCGUGGAAGUGAGAUGUAUGGCCGCGCGUAUGUUGGGUCUGCUCAGUUGCUACAUAGUCAAACCCGCCCCUGGCAUAGUUUACACGGAGGGCAUCGAAAAACCCAUAGACUGUUACGAAAAAGUCUUGUUAGUCCAUUUGAACUCUAAGUCGGCCCUGCAAAGACUAGUCACUGGUUUGGUUAUAUCCGAGUGGGCGAAACUGAACACCGAGAUCGAAGACUGUCCGGCGAACCUUAAGUUACGUUUACACCAGUGCCAAGACGAGUUGAUUUACUUCGACGAAAUCGCGCACGGGUUCACGCGUUUAGCGCAAGAAACGCGCGAUUUCCUCGCCACCCUGAACCACUACAAGGUACCGCUGGAAUAUAACGAGGAGCCGUUAACGUUACCGUUAAUCGAACGUUUAACGGGCCCGUCGACCGAACGGGUUUUGCUCAAUGCCAAAAUGAAAGCGAAAAUGCUGGAGAGUCUACAGGAUCGCAGACGGUCGAUACAGAGCGCCGCCUUAUCGACCGGUACCGAGCAGAGAUGUCUUACGAUCAGUACCAAGGCCGCCCUAUCGGGGGCCAUAGUGACCUUCAAAGCGCUCCCGGACAAACUGAACCCGGUAAUAAAACCCCUGAUGGACUCGAUCAAGUACGAACCGGAGGAAAACCUGCAAAAGACGAGCGGCCGUCACUUGGCCGUCCUGCUGGACCACUGUCGGCGCCGCAGCCCCUGCCCGAACGACAAAAUCGUCACGAAUCUCUGCACGUUUUUACGCUGCGACCCGGAAUUCACGCCGCAGAUUUUCACCAGCGGCGGUGGCGGCGGCGAGGAGGAGGGCGACCGCGCCCUUAAGACGAGGGACAAUUACGAUGGCAUCCUGACCUUGAUUAAUCAGCAAAAGAUGGCGGAACGGUCGGCGUUUAAGAGGUCAAACAGUACCGGACGAGGACCAGGCCGACCCCCCAUAAACGAAGUGAACAUCGAGGAGGCCCCCGGCGACGACGAGCCCCAAAAACUGAACAAAAUCCAACGUCGAGGCACGACCUUCGCCCUCGGCGAAAUCACCCGCUACUUCGGGGCCGAGUUACCCGCGAAAAUCCCGAAAUUGUGGGACCUGAUCGUCGGUCAAUUGGUCAACGAGGUCGACGAUCCGGACACGUUCCGGCCGGUUUCCGGGGCGGAUCCGGUCGCGGAACGGCUGGUCGGCGACCUGCAGGUACUAGAAGUGACCGCGCCCAGUGUCCAUCCCGACUUGUUGCCGGAAUUGAUGGAGAAAACGUUGGGGCGACUCUGCGUCCUGUUGUCGCACCCGUAUAGGGCGGUCAGACACUUGGCCGCCCGUUGUAUGGCCGCCUUCGCCAAACUCGAUUCGGUCAAGGUGAUGGAGAUGGUGGUCAGUAGGGUACUACCAAAACUGGGCGCCACAGACUGUGAUAUAAAGCGACAGGGGGCGGUGGAAGCGAUCGCGUGCAUAGUGGACAGCCUCCAGUUCGACGUGAUCCCGUACGUGGUGCUCCUGGUGGUUCCCCUGUUGGGGCGCAUGUCCGACCAGAACCAGUCGGUGCGACUGAUGGGCACCCACAGUUUCGCCACGUUGGUGCAACUGAUGCCGCUGGACGGCGGCGUGCCCGAACCGGUGGCCUUGAAAGAGAGCACGUUGAACGCGGAACGGCAUAAGGAAAGAGAGUUUUUACAGCAGCUACUCUCACCCGCCGCUAUUCCCGAUUACGUGGUUCCGGUACCGAUCGCGGCGGAGCUGCGCAGCUAUCAGCGCGCGGGGGUCAACUGGUUGGCCUUUUUGAACAAGUACAAACUGCACGGGAUCUUAUGCGACGACAUGGGCUUGGGGAAAACGUUGCAGAGCAUCUGCAUUUUGGCCGGGGAUCAUUAUUAUCGGGAGCGGAAGUAUCGGCAAACGAAAUCGCCCGAUUGCGCUCCGUUGCCUUCGUUGGUGGUCUGUCCGCCCACCCUUACAGGUCAUUGGGUGUACGAGGUGCGAAAGUUCGUGCAGCAAAAACACCUGCGCCCCCUACAGUACAACGGGAACCCCGUGGAGCGGGAACGGUUACGCGGGAAAUUCAAAAAGUACCAGCUGAUCGUCGCCUCCUACGAUAUCGUCCGUAAAGAUAACGCCUUCUUCUCGGGCAUCAAGUGGAACUACGUCGUCCUGGACGAGGGCCACGUGAUCAAGAACGGGAAAACGCGCACCAGUUUGGCGAUCAAGAACUUGACGGCGAACCAUCGGGUCAUCCUGAGCGGCACCCCAAUCCAGAAUAACGUGCUCGAGCUGUGGAGUCUCUUCGAUUUCCUCAUGCCCGGAUUCUUGGGGACGGAGAAACAGUUUACCGCCCGUUAUUCGAGGCCGAUAUUGGCCAGCAGGGACGCCAAGUGUUCGCCGAAGGAGCAGGAGGCGGGCGCGUUAGCCAUGGAGGCUUUGCACAGGCAAGUUCUACCGUUCUUACUGCGCCGCAUGAAGGAGGACGUUUUGGACGACUUACCUCCGAAAAUCACGCAAGACUACUACUGCGAGCUGAGCCCGUUACAGGAGCAACUCUACGAAGACUUCUCCAAGUCGCAAGCGCACCAAACUCUCCAGGACUCGAUAUCAUCCGGAGUGACCGCCAGUUCGAUCCAGGGCAACACGCACAUCUUCCAGGCGCUCCGCUACUUACAGAACGUGUGCAACCACCCGAAACUGGUGCUGAACCCCGCCCAUCCGCAGUACCAGCGCAUCAUGUCGCACCUGCGACAGACCAACGCGCCACUGGAGGACAUCGGACACUCGGCCAAGUUGCCGGCGCUGAAGCAGCUGCUGAACGAUUGCGGCAUCGGCGUGACCUCCGCUCAGGACACCGAAAUCGCCGUCAAUCAGCAUCGGGCCCUCGUGUUUUGCCAAUUGAAGGCCAUGCUGGACAUUAUCGAGAACGACCUGUUUAAGAGGAACAUGCCGACCGUGACGUAUUUGCGGUUGGACGGGUCGGUACCGCCGGUCAUGCGGUACUCGGUUGUCACCAGAUUUAAUAACGAUCCGUCUAUCGAUGUGCUCCUGUUGACGACCCAAGUGGGCGGUCUGGGACUGAACCUGACCGGCGCGGACACCGUCAUUUUCGUCGAACACGACUGGAACCCGAUGAAGGAUCUACAGGCGAUGGAUCGGGCCCACCGAAUCGGUCAGCGGAAGGUCGUGAACGUUUAUCGGCUCAUAACCAGGUCCACGUUGGAGGAAAAGAUUAUGGGUUUGCAAAAGUUCAAAGUGCAAACGGCGAACACGGUGAUCAGCGGCGAAAACAGUCGACUGGAAACGAUGGGCACCGAGCAGCUGCUCGAUUUGUUCUCGAACAAGCCGACGCCCGGUGGAAGUGGAAGCGGCCCCGCCCAAAAGUCGAACAACGGCAUGCGAGCCGUACUCGACUCACUGCCGGAGUUGUGGGAGCACAAACAGUACGAGGACGAGUACGAUUUGUCCCAGUUUAUGACCAAACUGCAGUAGUUUAACAGAUUACCACCGAUAUACCGAAAGCAAUAAAAGUGACUUUUCAGGAACCAAAGAAGCCGUCAUUAGUAAUAAAACCGAGCGGGCGCGACCAUUUUGAUGUUGCGCAACCGAAACCGCUCGAGCGUCACGUAGCUUUAAAUCCAUCCGAUGUCAUCAUCGUCACUUAGAAAGAAGGGGCGAUCCAUCCACGAAAUAUGACGUCACGUUACCAGGAUUGAGUGAUGGGGAAUUUCAGUUAAGGGUUGUCCCUUUAUUAAAUUGUACGUUCUAAUUUAUUAUCAUUAUCGUUUCAUAAUAUGCGUAGGUUAGCCGAUUUAAUUGUUAUUUAGGGAAUUUUCUAUCUUUCAGUGUGGCAUAUUAAUAUAAUAAAAAGUUAUCUAAUGGUU